ACAGAGUCGUGUUUGAGGGGAGGAAGCCGCCUUGUGACUAAGAACAAGAUGAACAGAGGCAGAGAUUUACUGGACAGGCUCCUGUACUCUUUCCUCCUCUCUGGACCCUCCUCGGGCCUUUGCAGAGCUGAGCGUUGGUAGAGCAGGAAGCGUCUGACCGCUCCACAGGCUGCGUCCCGGCUCACAGUGAUUUCCUCUCAGGCAGUCCGUUAUCUGCCGACUGUCAGGACGAAUUUUCCCCUCUUCCUCCUGCUAUCCUCAUCCCUGUCCCCCAACUCCUUUCCCUGCUUUCCCUCAGCCUCUCACGCACGCACACACACACACACACACACACACACAUUUUACUGCCAAAAAUCGUCCUCCGCCCCCCUCCUCAGCUAACUUCCUUUCAGCAUUUUUUUGAGCUGGAUAAUCCUAGGAUUUGUAAAACGGGGGAAAGGAGAGAGAGAGAGUGAGCGGGAGUCAGGACAGGAAGCUGGUUUCUCAUUCCUCUAACUGUCCAAAGGCAGGAGGAGGGGAAGGGGGGGGAGCCAAAGAGGAGCCUUGUGCAGACUCUUCCCCAGUCCCUUUUCAUUAGUCGGUUUGAACUUCCAGUCUCCUCCGAAAGCCAAGAGGAGGACGACCAGACUGAGACGCUUUCUGCUGGAAGUGGCGACAGCGCAACUGACGAAACCCAGAAGGUGGCCGUGGAUGGUCCCGGGACUGCGCUGAGGGCAAGACAUCCCCCCUCCAUCUCCUGCCCCCAACUUGCCAGCUCUGAUGCGGGCACCCAUCCACCACCCACUUCCCUCUGAUGAGAACCCUUCCGGGCUCAGGCUAUGAUCGCUGCUGCUGCUGGCUGUGGAGCCUCUUCUCACCCUGACCUUCCUCUGCCACAGGAGCAGCCCAACAUCUGGUGGGGAUUAAUGUUUACUUCUCUGGCUGGACGCUGUACAGGACCCCCGAUGUUGCUCCCCGGGAGCGGGACACGGGCGGUGGUCUGAGGAGAAGAGCAAGAUUUUUGUCACUCAGCGUGAGGUUGGGGGGAGGGGGGCAAGGCAGGAGGGGAGGCGAACCUCUUUUGGGACUAACCUCAUGAAGAACAAGGGAGCCAAACAGAAACUCAAGAGGAAGGGAGCUGCGAGCGCAUUCGGCUGUGACCUGACGGAGUAUCUCGAGAGCUCUGGGCAGGAUGUCCCCUAUGUGCUGAAGAGCUGUGCGGAGUUCAUUGAGACUCAUGGCAUUGUGGAUGGGAUCUACCGCCUCUCAGGAGUGACAUCCAACAUACAAAAGUUGAGACAGGAGUUUGUUUCUGACCAAUGCCCGGAUCUAACAAGGGAAGUGUACCUUCAGGACAUCCACUGCGUGGGGUCACUCUGCAAGCUGUAUUUCAGGGAACUGCCCAACCCUCUCCUCACUUAUGAGCUCUACAAGAAAUUCACGGAAGCAGUAUCACGCUUCCCCGAGGACGAGCAGUUGGCAAGAAUUCAAAAUGUCAUCCAGGAGCUCCCACCAUCACAUUACAGAACGCUGGAAUACCUGAUCAAGCAUCUGACUCACCUGGCCUCCUUCAGCAACAUGACCAACAUGCACACCAGAAACCUGGCCUUGGUGUGGGCUCCAAAUCUCCUCAGGUCAAAGGAGAUUGAGGCAGUUGGCUGCAAUGGGGAUGCAGCUUUCCUGGAGGUGCGAGUGCAGCAACUGGUGAUUGAGUUCAUCCUGAAUCACGUCGAUCAGAUCUUCAACAACAACAGAAAAGCCAGCUCUGCGGAGAACAUCGAGAGUGCAUCAGUUGUGAAAAGUCUGACCCUCCCCUCAGCCUCCCUGCCAAUGAAACUGGUGAGCCUGGAAGAAGCACAGGCACGGAGUCUGUCUGCAUCCCACCCUGCUCGGAAGGAGAGGAGAGAGAACAGCUUGCCUGAAAUUGUGCCUGUAACUGGGUCCUUCUUCCACACAGUUGUUGACCUCCCCGACAGCAAGAGAAAAUUAUCCACAAAGUCCAAGAAAUGGAAGUCGAUAUUUAACUUGGGCCGCUCUGGAUCAGAAUCAAAGUCUAAACUGAGUCGAAAUGGGAGUGUCUUUGUAAGGGCACAGAAGCUCUCUGAAAAAGCAACUAUUCGGCCUGCGAAGAGCAUGGACUCGUUGUGUUCUCUCCCAGUGGAAGGGGAGGAUGAAAAAGGCAGGUUCAAACGGUCAGUGACUACUGGAGGGUUUUUCAUUCCAACGAAGAUACGGACAGGAGGAACAGGCAGCACAUAUGACCUCAGCAAGGAGAAUGAGUGGGAGCGGGAAGGAUCUGCCAUGGGGGCCAAAGGAAGCUCAGAGCUGAGUGGGGAGAAAGGUCCUCCCCGGACACUACAGGUGAAGUCACCCCCUGAGCAGCUGAAGGUUUUCCGGGUAGCAGAGGAUGCUGAAAAUGAGCAGACUUCUGCCAAAGGAGCGCUCAUGUUCUACACCUCUGAAACAGCCACCAAGUCAGGCUUCCCAAGCAGCCUCUUUCCCUUGGAGGCCUCUCCUCGUCACCAGAGGAAAGCCCUGAACAUCUCAGAGCCCUUUGCGGUCUCUGUCCCCCUGCGGGUAUCCGCAGUCAUCAGCACCAACAGCACGCCCUGCCGCCUGCCCACCAAAGAGAAGCUUUCCCUUUCCAGCCUAGAGGAGCUCUCUUCCCUAAUGGUGGAGAGCACAAGCCCCUCUGCUCUGGAAGCAGGGACCCACACAAGGACAGACCUGGCAACGGAGCGGAAGGAGAAACAGCUGGAGCCCACUCUGCCGGUGGCAGCGUCCAGAGGCUCUCACCCCGAGGAACUGGUGGCAGCCAGGAAACCUGUGUCCUUAGAAACCCCACAGCCAGCUGCAGAAAAUCAGAAGACAUAUGGGCAAAGCAGCUGCACAAGCAGCACCAAGAGCCCCCAGGAGUCCUUAGAGCAGAGAGCCACCUUGGAAGAAACACCAGUGUUGGAGUUUCAUAAGGGGCCACUCCCAGAAGACAGAGCAGAGCAAGGACAGCUCAAUAUGAAGGAUGUCUCUUCAGAAGGAAGCUGUCAUCAACAGGAGAUAGAGACAGCUAAGACAGAAGAAGGAUCAUGCCUAAGAGAUGUGACUGAGGAGGAUGCGGCAAAUGCCCUUCUAGAACCUCUAUGGCCAGAGAUACAGCAGGAACUGAAAAUUAUUGAACCUGAAGAGGAGCUCUUGCUCUUGCCAGCAGCUGCCCCCAAGACAAGCCAAACUUCUGAAUCUUCUUCUUCAGUACAAACAGACCAUCUUUCCUCUGGUCCAGGGCAGAGUCCAACACUAGCUGAGCAGACAUCUUCAAGCAGAGCAUCACAAAUAACUCAGGUGCCCUUAUUUGGUGCCAGCAGCAUGGAGCGACAAGACAGCCCUCAUGACUGCCAGUCUGAUGCAGUUGCACAGCAGAGCUGUGGCUCAGCCCUACCUGAACUGAGUACUCUUGCAACUGGCACAGCCACUCCAAAGAACCACCACCCAAUGGUGGACAGCAGGAGUGAAUGUCUUGCUCCUAGCCUGGACCAGAAGAUUCAUAGUCAAUCGGAAUUUAAUAAGAUUGCCCCAAAUGAUGGAUUUUCUUGUUCCAAAGGAGCAUGUCCAGAGUCAGGGAGAGAAAAAGAUAGCACGUGCCAGCAGCAGAGAGAAAAGGAUGGUCUUACCAGAGUCCAGACCCAGAGGGAGAAGCAAGAGAUAAUGACUACUGAUGAAAGGGACACAUUCUCCUCCAAGGCACUGAGUGGAGCUGGAAUCCCAGAGGUGAAGGAGGGCCACGCUGUUAGCAGAACCCAGGAUGCUGGUGACCAGGAUGAUGAGGAUGCCUGGACAGAUAAUGUGCAGAGCUUAGAACUUGUGGAGCCAUGGGAGGAUCAUCAGUGGGUUACAAGCCCUCUCCAUUCCCCCACCUCUAAGGACAUUCAGGAGAGGAUGAUACAGGAGUUUCAUCCACAGAGCCAGAGAGCAGAGACAGGCCUUUCUCUUAGACCACGAUUCAGUCGCAGCCUCUCCCUGGACAGUAAAGACACAGUGAUGAGUUUAUGGAGUAUCCCAUUCUCUUUCAUAGAUGCCACUGAUCAGCAGCAACCACACAGUGACAUUCUAUCAGUGACUUGUGAGCUGUCCAAAACAAAACCCAUCUCUCCUUCUAGUUUGGGCAAAGUUAUGCAAGAUGAGAAUGGCUCAAGUCCUCCAGAAGAAUCUCCAAAACCUGAGAAGCUGAAGUAUGCCCUCAGCAGGGAGGAAGUACCAGCUGAGGAAGCAGGACCCUACAGAAUACCUUUUUCAGAGCCAGAGGAAAAGAAAGUGGAUGUGAGCAAAGAAAACCCUUGGACCUCAAAGCCUCAGCUGUUUUUGCACUACCAAAAGAGCCCAGACAGUUCUUCACAGACAAAGAACACAAAGGAGGAGUUAUCCAUCUCUCAGGACACUGCCCUGGGAGGAGAGACUGUCACCAAAGCAUUGUGCUCUGCCCCUGAGUCACAGCUGAGUAAUAAAGGUGAAGAAACACCUCGCAAAGUAAAGACUAGGCCUUCAUCCCUCAACUUGGAUUCGCUCCUCCCAGCCCCAGAUUUCUUCACAUUCGAGAACCUGUCCAUGCCAUCUGCCCCUGGGAAUCUCCUAUACGGGCAGAAGGAAGUAAAAAGCAGUGAUUCUGUCCCAUCCCUGCCAACACACUGCCCUGCUGCCAGUAAAGGUGUUCCUUGGGGGUCUAGUUUCAAUCCCCCUGUGGAUCUAGACUUGGAUUACCUGGCAGUGGCCCAUGCCAGCACUGGCCGUCGUAACUCUGCCCCCGUCAGUGUGUCGGCAGUCAGGACCUCCUUCAUGAUUAAGAUGUGCCAGGCUAGAGCUGUGCCUGUGAUACCACCCAAGAUUCAGUACACCCAGAUCCCCCAGCCCCUGCAGGCUCAGAAUGCUGCUCCACCUGCUGAAAAGAAGGAGGCAGAAGCCAAGCAGACCAUCAGGCAAACGCCACGGGUGGCAUGGAGUCACUUGGAGGCCCCCAAGAGCCCGCUGACAGAGAAGAAAGCCAAAGCAGAGAAAGAAAACAGUGACCCAGCUCAGAAGGACUCAACCUGUCCCUGGCAUGGCAGCCUUGGCCCUCCACUGGAGCCAUCUCAGUCCAGUCAUAACCCAUCUCUGGAUGCCCCCGUUCUGCGCCGAAAGCGCACCUCUGGAGGGGAGACAGCUGGAGAUAACCCACAGUCUUCAAAGAUAGAGAGGCCAUCAGGGUUCUCCAAGCCUUCCUAUAGAUCUAGGCCCGGGAGGCCCCAAAGUCUGAUUCUCUUCAGUCCCCCUUUCCCCAUUAUGGACCACCCCACCACUUCAGCAGACUCCAGGGUAUUAUUAUCACCCAUAAGGAGCCCCACUCAGACCACCUCUUUGAGCCCCAUUUGUGGUGAUCUGUCUGAGACUUCGCGGACGACACCUGAGGGGGUGACACUGCGGAACAAAAUGACCAUCCCCAAGAAUGGCCAGAGACUGGAGACCUCUACCAGCUGCUUUUACCAGCCCCAGAGGCGCUCCGUGAUUCUGGAUGGACGAAGUGGGAGGCAGAUUGAAUAGCAGCUGCUUCUCCUAUUCCUUUAUUGUGAUGGUUGGGAUGGGAGUGUCCAAGACCAAUUCUGUUGCCAUUUUGCUGUUGUUAUUUUGUGCAAGAUGGACUUGAAUCCUCUAUGGUUUCCUGCAAAGCUUUUUGCUAUGGAAGGUCAUAGUCUCUUUGUCUUGCUUUUCUUUCCCUAUCUCACCUCUGCUUAGUCCCUCACUGCCUGCUUUUUUUUUCUUUGUAAGCCAGUCCCAAGGAACUUGCAUUUUCUUGUGCUUAUUGUCUAACAAGCCCUGUGAAAGUCUCAUCCUCCCUAUAGAAGAAAAGGAAAAAUAAAUCUCUGUAUAAUUAGAAAACAGGGCUUGAAGGAAACCCUGUUACAAAACACUGCAGCCCUGGGUGCAGGGGCACAACAUCUGCUGAGGAGGUAGAUCCAGAUGUUUAGGAACUCUUCCCAUUGUUUCCCAGACACUAGUGAAGGACUGUUUGAUUUAGACAGUGUAAAUAAACAGUGCAAGAGACUGGGGAUAGCUGAAGGGGAAGGUAAAGCUGGCAUGAGCAGGUCACAGUCACACAGGGUGUGAGACACUCAAGGAUGUUCCAAUGACAAACAUACAACCUGAACACUGCCCCCAGCUCUAUCCUUGCACCAAAGAUGUGCUCUUUUCAGCAUGUGCAAGGGCUGGAAUGAAAGCAGCUGUACAGGAAACGCCUAGUUGUUCUUUUAAUCUUCCAAGUCUUGCUCAUGAGUUUUGUGUGCUCAACGACACCUUCCUCGGGUAGACAAGAUCCAUGUGGCUGAGGAAUGAGUGUGCAGCUGGCUGCCUAGUGUAGGGACUUCUCAGGCUAGUAUCAAUGAAAGCCAAGAUAUGGUCAUAACAAAGUCCAGUAUCAACUAUUUUCAUCAUUGCUUAAAGCCAGGUGACACCUCUGCAGCUAUCUCUGGCUGAGCUCCACACUGCCAACAGGAGAGAAAAGAAAGAGGAUCUCCUGAUCUGCAUGUCCUUGGGCUAUUGCCCUCUUAUACCCUGACUGACAUAUCUUUGACCCUUGGUCUUUCAUUGCCACUGUGUGGCAUGUCCCCAGGUGCUUCUUAUUCCUUUAAACUUCCACUCCUUGUGAUUUUACACUGUUCCUUUGAGAGUAUGGCUGGUUGUCACCUCCCUGGACCUCAACGCUUUCAGAUUGAUUAAAAAUGUGGUAAAGAGGAUGAUUUGCGGGACUGCAGAACAGACCAUGAACAAGUCCUGAGAGGGAGAUUUGAAGUGAAUUAAAGUCUCUCCUGAAGGGAACAUUAAUGUUACAGGAAAAUACAGGCUCAGAUAUGCAACAGCUGCUGUGGGAAUAGAAUUAAACCUUCCUUUAUAAAGCUUCUAACUCUACAUUCUCCACAGGUUCAUCUAUUGACUGCUUUGUCACCGUGGGUGAUUGCAAAGUCAGGCACAGCCUAGGCUGUCUCUGCAAUUUAAGUGUCACUAGUGACUACGGAGGAGACAGGUACACAGGUGUUGCUGCCAGCACUGAGAUUGUCCCUGUAAUGGCACUUACAGGGGCCAUCAUUCCUGGAGAUGUCUGAGUCUGUAGGCCCUCUGUUGGGUAUCAUGGGCUAUAGUUUAAGCAUCUGUUAUGAAGUGCUAUAGCCACCAAAAUGAGGGUCAGCCAGAAUUUCCGAAAGGAUGUAUGUUUAAGGCUUUUUUUUCUGAAGUACUAGCAGUUUCAAAUGGUUAGUAAACUCAACCCAUGAGCUCCUAGUCUGACUGUCACUUUAUUAGUGUUAUUGUGGCUGGAGGGCCCUGAGUCUGUAUGAUGCUUUCUCUCCACUCUUUGAUUGCUAACGGGAAGAGGUGCCAGAGUAGUUUUUAGAAGUUUUGGGUCCACAAAUGCAAGUAAUAUAUCUUCAGCAGAAUUUUCUCCUGCCAUAUGCAAAGGGAGUGUGAAAAAAAAAGAGGGCUUUUCCCUAUCACCAGUUGCAGUCUUUGAUCCUCCCCACUGUACUCCUCAUGUGUGCAUAAUGCCAUAUAAGAGGCAACAGAGCAGAGAACUAAAUCCAUGCUGUCAGUUUUGUUAAGGGAGAAUAGUAAACCAGAUGAGAGCCUGGAGUUUUUGUUUGGGUCCAUUUUCUCUCACAGAUGUCAGCCUAUGCUUUAGCUGGGCAAGCUGUGGACAGCAGGCCCAGAAUAUGCAGCUUCAUGACAAUUGUAUAAUUCUACUCCCAGACCAUAAGAUGCCUGUGCAGCCUCCUAUAAAAUCUAGGGAGUUGCCAGUCCUCCAUGCUCCCUAUAGUUAGCACAGCUCUAGGCUGCAUUAACAUGGCACCCAAAUGCCUUUUUUAUUGCCUCAUGAGAAAGCUUUUAAUCACCAUGGCUGGGUUAAUGGCAAAUGAUUUGGGAAAGUGAGAUAUGAGGUAUUGUAAGAGUUUAGAGGAAGGCAAAGUUGUGGAAAUGAUGCCCAGGGUUUUUUUUGCAUCAACAAAAUAGUUUACGUUGGUCAAGGAUUUAUUCUCUGAGUUCCUAGAAGUUUUGACAGCCAAGGCACCUGGAAGAGAGCUAAAGAAGCUCACAAAAUAAUGUACCAGAAGAAAAAAGAAAAUGUGAUGAAACUUUGGCAUGCUGAAACCACUUUCCCCCCCCCUCCUUAUUCUCAUAUAAGUUGAUGUAUGAACAAGAAAUGAGGUCUGGCAAUUUGUAUAUAAUACACUGUCUCAGCUCUUAACAGCAUUCCGGUAAGUAAUAGCGCUUUUGGCAUAAGUGGUGAAACUCCUGCAAGAGAAAAUUAUUAGAAAUCUUUACUUAAUAUUAAAGAUCAACCUCAACUAAAAUCUGUAUCCAGACCAUACUUUUUAAGGAUGUUUCAGAAUUUGAACUCAGAUCUGGGCCCUGGAUUUUAAUAAGCAGAGAUGCUGUAAUGAUAUGUCUAUUUUGUAGCUUGAUCCUGUUUCUUAUCUACAAUUUCAUCUCCAACCUUCAGCUGAUGUUCCAAGAGCACUCAGAUAAAGCCUCAGGUCCUGCAGAGCUGAAAGUACAUGCUUAGUUGCAAGGUGCACUGUUGGACAGUGAUGAUUCUCAACUUCAGACUCAGCCUUCUGCGGAGUCUGUAAUGCUUGAUGAUGGAUCUAUGUUGAUACUGGUAGUUGCAGUCAGCUUGCAGGACCAGAGUUUGAUAGUUGGCCAGAACCAGAAGAUAGAUGCCAUCUCCCACUGAAUGGUGCUGACUGUGUGGCAGGAUCCAACUUCAUUAAGCUAUCCCUGAUGUCAGUUUUAGGGUCAGUCCUGAUCUCUCUAAAAAAGGAUUUAUGGGGUUUUCUUCUUGUUUUGGGAUUUGUGUUUAUUUGUUUGUUUGUUUGGAGUUCUGUUUGUUUUUUAAUUGUUUAUCUGUGAAGCAUUAUGAAGAGGGAUAGAUUAGAUUUAUGGGAGAAGAGUCUGGCCCAGAAUUUGAAGUUUUGUGUACCAGAGAGCUACAUUGGUUGUUCUUGGUAUUGAAAAGACUAAAUAGAUUGGCUCAUCCUCUGCAGCUCCACAAAGAUCAUUUUAGGGACCCAGCAGUUCAUUUCAAUUCUCCUGAGACUGUGAACAGUGUAAAGGCUAUUCCCAAGUUUGCAGAUGGCCCCAGUAUCAGACAUGACAUAUCACCAGCAUAUGUUGCUUGUGGACUUUUACCAAUGGAAGACAAGUGAGUAAAUUGCACUUAUUCUUCCCAUGUAGUCGGGGGUUUGUGCAGCUUCUGUUAAAUGUAGCUCAGAGUGAAAUGGCUGAGCUGGCAAAGAUGAGAAUCCCCUGACAGAAAGGAGGGACAUGGUUAAUGUUAGCUCAUGUGGGAGCUGCCUUAUUUGCAGGAGAGUAAACAGAAAGGAGGACUGUGUUUUACCUUAUAAAUCUCAGUCCUCUGGGAUGUCCUUCUCAUGGUAUCACUGCAGAAAGACCGAAGUACUUAUUUUUUCACCUUUAGAGCUUCAGAGGAACUUAGAUCUGUAUUAGAGAGCAUCCAUAAAGCCUGCACAUUUUCCCUCAUCCAGAGUCCAAAUGGUGCAAUAAAAAUCUUUUUUCUUUCUUUA